GGGAGGUGGGAAGGCAAGACGCGAUCGAGAGUUUUAAUGUCCGCCAUGUUUCGAAUGGCGCACUGAGACAGCGCGCGAGAGAGAAAAACACACACACCCGCCUCUGCUUUUCCUCGCCGGAUCUCUACCACACCAUCAUUUUUUCCUCAUCCUUUACCUCCAUCCAUCCUCCUCCAUGAGAUCUGUGGCGGUUUUAUGGGUGAUUGUGAGGGGAUCGGAUAGAUUUAUACAGUAAAAUGAGUAAACUGUCGUUCAGGGCGCGGGCGCUGGACGCGCUCAAACCGCUGCCCGUCUACCGAUGCGAGGAUCUGCCCGACCUGCACGAGUAUGCGUCCAUCAACCGCACCGUGCCGCAGAUGCCCACCGGCAUGGAGAAGGACGAGGAAUCGGAACACCAUCUCCAGAGGGCGAUCUCUGCCCAGCAGGUGUACGGGGAGAAGAAGGACAGCAUGGUGAUUCCCGUCCCAGAGGCAGAGAGCAACAUUGCCUACUACGAUUCGCUCUACCCUGGAGAAUUCAAGAUGCCAAAGCAGCUCAUUCACAUACAGCCUUUUAGUCUGGACGCGGAGCAGCCGGACUAUGAUCUAGACUCAGAGGAUGACGUUUUUGUGAAUAAGCUAAAGAAAAAGCUGGAGGUGGGAGCGCUGCAGUUCGAGGAGAUGAUUGACAGAUUGGAGAAAGGCAGCGGACAGCAGAUGGUGACCCUACAAGAAGCCAAGCUCCUACUGAAGGAGGAUGAUGAUCUGAUCAGGGAUGUGUUUGAGUAUUGGAGCAGGAAGAGGAAACUGUGUAAAAGCGGAUCCCUCAUUCCGACCAUCAAACAGGAGAGACGUGAUGGAUCCAGCACCAACGACCCUUACGUGGCCUUCAGGCGACGGACCGAGAAGAUGCAGACGAGAAAGAACCGCAAAAAUGACGAGGCAUCUUAUGAGAAGAUGCUUAAACUGAGGAGAGACCUGAGUCGUGCCGUUACGAUACUGGAGAUGAUCAAGAAACGAGAGAAGAGCAAGAGAGAACUGCUGCACCUCACACUGGAGAUCGUGGAGAAGAGAAACACUAUGCCAGACCAUGGCUCAGAGGUGAUGGCAGAAGCGCUGGCGAUGGCCAAACCUGUUUACAAGAUUCCCAUAAUGCCCUUCUCCAGCAAUAGUCAGUACCGCCACCAGGACCAUAUGGACUUCAAAGACUACAAGACCAAGCCUGAAAAGACAGAAGUGAUCAGAACCAAAAGGAAAUACGAAAAGAAGCCUAAAAUGCCAACUCUGUCCGGGCCCUUGCAUACUGGCCCCUCCCUGUUUAACCCUAAAGACCUCAACCAGUACGACUUUCCUAGCUCGGACGACGAACCUGAGAUGCAUUCUGGGUCAUCAGAGGCAGAGGAAGAAAACGAACCUGAUGGAGCGUUUGCCUUCAGGAGAAAAGCGGGAUGUGUUUAUCAUGCUGCCCGUUUGGAUCAGAGCGGCUGCUGGCCGUGGUCCGGAGAAACAGAAGGAGGGUCACCUGACCCGCAGUUCCGGUACUCCCUCACCACUCUCACCAUUCCCCGCCGCUGUGUCGGGUUGGCACGGCGACGGACGGGACGGGGCGGCAGGGUUCUUCUGGACCGAGCCUAUUCCAAUUUGGACGGCGUAUUCCAAAGUCUGGACUCGGAUUCGGAAUUUUCUUUUCCUGCUUCUCCCGUACAUUCAGAAACCAUUUCUCAGACUAAUACCCACGCGUCAUCUUCGUCCCAGCCCUCGCGCUCCUCUUCCUCACUUCCUGCUUAUUCGGAACUGAGGCAGAUUCUCAGAAACAUCAAAACCUGCCGCUGGAGGCAUUUUAAACCACGGACACUAACCAGCCAAUCGGGCGCAGGGGAUGCGCCGUCACAGAAACAGUUUAAGGGGUUUGGAAGGGGUGGGAUGAGUGCCAAUACACAGGGAAGAGUGGCGAACGCAGGACCACCGGCAGUAGUGUUUUCUGCAGAUCAGUACCAGCAGCAUCAGGAACAACUGGCCCUCAUGAAGAAACAACAGCUGGAGCAGAUACAGGCCAAUGACACACUCAAUACCAAGUCUUCGGUAUCUAAGACAUUGGAUUCGGUCAGCGCCCAAUUUGCUGCUUCUGCUCUUAUGACCUGUGAUCAACUUUUGACCCUAAAGGUUAAAGAUGAUAGUGGUGUGGGAGGUGGAGUCAACGGGGUCAUCCAGGCUUCAGGAGUUUACAAAGUAUGCAGUGUCUCCACUACACCAUCAGCUUCUGUCCUCGCUAGCCAACCAACUUCCACCUCUGCCCCGCCCACCUUCCUUUCCUCCAUUAACAACUCUAACACAGGCUCCGCCCACACGGUCCACAACCCCAUAGGCAACCACAGUAACAACACAGCCAACAACUCCACCUCUCAGGUCCUGAUUGGCAACAACUUGCGUCUCAGCGUGACCACGCCCUCUAUCGCCUGUCACCUUCCCAGAAGUCUUAGCAAUGUGCCAUCCACUGCCUUAAAGCUUGCCGCCGCCAGCAACUGUCAGCUCCCCAAAGUCAACACUGGGGAAAAUCAUGAACAGGAGAAGCUCAACAGUAUAGGAGAGAACACAGUGGCCAUGGAGGUGACGUAGUGACCGUUGCCUGGGCGACGUUCCCUUUCCGCCCAGAUCAGUCUUCUGGUGCUGUGCACCAAUCGGGUUUGGGGAAGCAAAAGGACAGUGGGUUUCCAAGGCAACUGUAUGAACAUGAAAGCAAAUUUCAUCUCGUCUUUUUUUGCCCCGUUAUUAUUCAGUUACCCCUUUAAAAAAAAGGUUGUUUCUGUUAAAUGUGAUAAUGUGUAAAUUAUGAAUAUGGCAAAUAUUUGAUGUACAGAAGCUACGUAUUUGUAAAAGUCCCCACCACCACCCUUGUAUAUACGCUACUUGAAUACCGAACUGUUGAGUUGUGACAUUUUGCACUUGGGGAAUCAAGCGAAGGGGGGGAUGCGAGCGUGAGCCAAGAGGUUAGCGGGUAAAGAUUGUGUGAAUAGUUGUGCAUGGUGGGGAAACCCGCUGUUCUGUCUAUUUAUUGUGCCGUGUUUACAGUUUUUGUUUUUCUCCUAUUUUUUUUCGUACACUGUUUUCCUCCGUUGUUUUCUUGUUUCGAUUGCUUCCAAUUCCUAAAUUCCCCCUUGGUUUUCCGAGUUCGCCCAAUUCACGCUUUUGCGAAUCGGAUCGAACGUUAAUGGUGUCAUCCAUAAUUUCUUUUGGGUUUGGUUUUAUUUUUCCCCUUUUCUUAGAGGGAUGUGACGUGGGGUUGGAUGUCCGUUGGUUUCAGGGGGAGGGCAAAAUUGUGGGCGUGGUUAAUGGGAAUCUUCCAUUUUUAUCAUCCCAAACAAUAACAAAAUGACAAACCAGGGAUGAAGUCUUCACUUGGGAGCUUUCAUAGCUUCCUUGACAACUAAGCACUAUUGUUUUGGAUUUUUUUGUAAUUAUUGCUGCUUUUUGUACAAAUUCAGUGUCCUUUUUCAUACAAUGGAAAUGUUUAGUUUGUCCCCAUUUUAUUUCUUUGUACAACAAAGAGUUAUUUUUGUAUCAUCGUGAGUAUCUAGGGUUUCUUUUCAGUUUUUUUUCUUGUGGUGAAGCGUCUUUUGCGCUUCGUCAACAAAAGACUUCAUUUAUUGGUUGCUUUGGUUGCUAAACGUCACACGCGACGGCCGAUUUAUGUCCACCCGGAUUGCAUCAGAGUCGUCAUUCCGGUUUACGAUCUUUGAGGAGAAACAUGGGGAUGUCGAACAAUUGUUGUCUCUUCUCUAAAUGUUAUCCAGCAGACUCUGGACUAUUUCAAGGCCUGAAAACCACAAGUUAAAGGUUGUGCCUUCCUUUGGGAAUGUCCUACUCAGUCUCUUCCGUGAAGAGGAUGCUCCGGAUCAAGACCGCUGUAAUGCGGUACACACUUGUCCUGAGCUUGGAUCUCCGAUGCCCGGUCCACUGGCUGAACUGAUUCCUCCUCCAGGCGUUUUUUGGUCUGAUCUGGAGGAAGGCAAAAAAUUAAAAUAUGGAAAAUAUACAAAAGAAAAUUAUUAUUGAAUAAGUAAAAAAAAAUGUGACAAUUCAAACAUGAAUCAGACAAUAAAGCCCAGGUUAUUAUAUGUGAAUUAAAA